UUUUUUGAGGGUUUUUUUUCAUGCACAUCGUAAUCAGAUUAACCCGGGAUAUGCAUAGUUUCAACUAUGGUUUUGUAUCAUAAUCAUUUUACACAGCCGGAUGUGACGUUCUUCGCAUUAAACCCAUUUAUUUUGAGUCGCGGUAAAAUAAUUUUUUUGUUUUUUCUCAAUCAUGCCACCUAAAAUGAAAUUCCAAGAAGGAGAGAAAGUGCUUUGCUUUCAUGGUCCUUUGCUAUAUGAAGCUAAGUGUGUCAAAUUUGAAGUCAAAGACAAAGUUAACCAGUACUUCAUCCACUACAAUGGAUGGAACAAAAAUUGGGAUGAGUGGGUCCCAGAGAGCAGGGUAUUGAAAUAUAAUGAUGCCAGUAUUCAGAAACAAAAAGAACUACUGAAAGCUCAUGUUGGUAAAGGAAAGAGCAAAGCCAAAUUAAAGGAAAAAGAGAGAGCCUCUACCCCAACAACAGAGAGAGGAAGCAAGCAGAAAGUAUCCAGUGCCUCAGGCUCAGCUGCCAGUUCCCAGGACUCUUCUGUAUCUACCACCCCCAGCAACACCUCAUCAGACCCCAAACGCAAAAGAACUCGCAAUGAUGCUGAUUUAUCUGCACCGAGUACUCCUUCACAAGAGACAAAAGACACAACACCAUCAAGUACACCAACCAGCACACCCAGCCAACCAGACGUUCAGAAGAAGAGGGGCCGGCCUGUUAGCAGUACACCUGUUGCUACAGUUGUCGCAGAGUCUGGACCAGCCCUUUCAGUGUCCGAGUCGACGUCAAACACUCCCACUACUCCAGUUACAACUGAAACAACGAAGAAACGAGGUCGCCCCCCUGCCACAAGCGUCGCCACGACAGACACACCCUCACAAGGAUCCCAGGAAUCCACUUCAUCUUCAGCAACUGCAUCCACAGAACAGAAGAGGAAGAGACCCAGGCCAGACCCUACGGUAGAAUCGGAGGAGUCAUUUUUAGCGAAGAUAGAGGUCAAAGUUAAGAUUCCGGAGGAACUGAAGCCCUGGUUGGUGGAUGAUUGGGACCUGAUUACAAGACAGAAACAAGUUGUUUCUCUGCCAUGCAAGACAACAGUAGAUAAUAUAUUAGAUGACUAUGUACGCACCAAAUCAGCAAAAGUCAGCGCCAACAAGGAUGCAAUAGUUGAGGUCACACAAGGAAUCAGAGAAUACUUCAAUGUUAUGCUUGGUACACAACUAUUGUACAAGUUUGAGAGGCCCCAGUAUGGAGAGGUAAUGAAGGAGAACCCAGAUAAACCAGUGACUGAGAUUUAUGGUGCUAUCCAUUUACUGAGACUUUUUGUUAAACUAGGAGGUAUGCUGGCAUACACCUCCUUGGAUGAAAAGAGCAUACAGCUUUUGCAGAAUCACCUACAUGAUUUCCUGAAGUACAUGCAGAAAAACAUGUCCACCUUAUUUUCCCUUACCGAUUACAUAGUGGCUCCACCUGAGUAUCACCGCAAAGCGAUAUGAUGUAGUCCUACAUGUGUCAGAGAAAAAACCCACAUGUUGUCAGCUUGCUGAAAGCUUCACAGAGAAAAGUGGAGAAAUCAUUUCACCAUUCAAUUCCAUCCGUUUUGUAACAGUGCAAAAAGAACUGUUAGUGAGUGCAAGAUCCGGUUGAUCCAAUUCGAUGUCGUUCCAAGAAUUGUUGGAAAAUUACAAUGUCAGACAGAAAGCUGAGUUGUAGAAAUAUUAUGUAUGGUGUGUUUAGUUGUGCAUGUCAGUAAGAACGUGAGGUUUUUCUUUUUAUAUGACUGAUUUGAAAUUAUAAUUUUUAUAAGGUUUCAAAGUGAUUAUGGAUAAACAUGUUCCUAUAUAUGUGUGUGUCUGAAUUCAGAUGUGUUUAAAAGAAAAUUGCAUGCUUCAGUGAACAAUAUUGUUUCAUUAAAGUCAGAGACCUGAACUAAAACUGUACAUAUCAGAAUUUGAGAAAAUAAAUAUUUAAAUGCCAUGUAAA